AUUGGAAAGUUUUUUUUUGAGAAAUUUUUUAUUUGAAUAAUACAUUUCUUUAACAUGGUGUGCAGGGCCUGGCCCAGUCCAGAGCUGUGCCAUGGCAGAGACUGGGGAAGAGAAGACGGUGUCCACAGAAGCCUCGGGAUUCUCAGACAUGAGUGACUCAGAGUUUCUGGAUCUGGAAGAUACCCAGGAGUUGAGCGCUUCACCUUGCAAGCCUAGCCCUUCCUCUGAACUCCCUGGGAAGGAUGGCAAGGUCACAAGCUUACCAAAGUGGAAAAGAGGACUGGAUGUCUCAUCACCUAUGGAGCGAUUCCACCUUAAAUAUUUGUAUGUGACUGACUUGUCUACUCAGCACUGGUGUGAACAGCAAAUGGUAUAUGGGAAGGAGCUUCCUGGUUCCUUGGCACCUGAGGAGGCAGCCGUUUUGGACACUGGUGCCAGCAUCCAUCUAGCUAGAGAACUGGAAGUUCAUGAUCUUGUGACUAUCCCCAUCACCAGUAAAGAAGAUACUUGGGCAGUUAAAUUUCUGAAUAUGUUAUCGAUGAUUACUACCUUACAGUCAGGAGGGCACGUAAGAGAGUUUCCAGUGUUCGGAGAAGUGGAGGGCGUGCUUCUUGUUGGAGUGAUUGAUGAGCUGCACUACACAGCCAAGGGGGAACUAGAGCUGGUUGAACUCAAGACACGCAGAAGCCCUGUGCUCCCUCUGGACGCUCAGAGAAAAAAAGACCAUUUUCAGGUCAGCCUAUACAAAUAUAUCUUUGAUGCCAUGGUACAAGGGAAAGUGACUGCUGCUAGCCUAAUUCACCACACAAAAUUGCAUCCAGAAAAGCCACUGGGACCUUCAGUGCUGAAGCAUGCCCAGCAGGGAGGCUUCUCUGUGACAUCCUUGGGUGACCUCAUGGAGCUGGUCUUCUUGUCUCUAACAUUGUCUGACCUUCCAGCCAUUGAUAUCCUGAAGAUUGAGUAUGUCCAUCAAGGGACUGCUACUUUGCUGGGUUCAGAGAUUGUGUCCUUUGAGGAGAAGAAGCUGAGAAACAAAGUGCGGCACUACAUGGCCUACUGGGUGGGCCACAGAGAGCCUCAAGGGGUUGAUGUGGAGGAGGCUUGGAAGUGCCGGACAUGCAGCUAUGCAGAUAUCUGUGAGUGGAGGAAGGGCAUCAGGGUGCACCGCUCCAUGCUAUGGCCCCACACCAAGAAAAAUGAGUAGAAGGUAUGCUUUAAGAAACUUAGAUCCUUCCUGCCCCUGAUGUACUCAACGGGGUAAAAGGAGACCAGUCUCUGAGCUGGGCUUUCCGGGAGAGUGUUCUUAUUUUGGUUCUUUUCAUAUUUUCUCAACCUCUAACCACUCAAAUCUAGGUCCAACACUCAGGUAAGUGGGAGCGAUCUGGGAUUAUACUGUUCUUGGAGCUUCUCUGUAGAUUGCCAAGAAGACAGAUGCUCAUUGUGGCUGGAGCAAAGCAAUCAUUGCUUUCCAAAGAAGACUCUAGUUUCUGCUAAGUCUCUUCCCUAUUUUUUCUCAAUCAUGGCUUUCUACAUUUUAUAUAAUAAAAUAAAAU